ACUUAAAGCCUGUAGUUGUUGUCGUACUGUAAUUUGUAGUUAAGUCAGGCGACAACUCAUUUUGCUUAAAAGGGUAGCGCGUAUAAUUUCAAUAAGUUAUAAUGGAUUACGCAAAUAUCUUUCUGCUUUUAGCAAUAUGUUUGACUGUCUGCUUUGCGCAUACGAUGCCCGAACGUCGGGAAGAUAGACACUUGAAUGGAAAACACAAUUCUGAAAAUGAUCAGCAUUCAUUUCUUAGUCAUGACGCACAGAAAGAAUUUGAUGAACUGGACGACGCUGCCAGAAAAUUGCGUUUAAGUAAGCUUGUCAACAAAAUCGAUACGGAUGGCAAUAGAAAUAUAUCCAAGACCGAAUUGGCGGCAUGGAUGAAAUAUAUUUCCCUGAAAGAACCCACUGACGUCGUAAAAGAAUAUUGGGAUAAAAACAUAGCGACAAUUGUCGAUGAAAACGAUUUAAUAAGCUGGGAAAGUUAUAAAGCACUGAAUUUUCCUGGAUCAGCACACGAUAAUGAAAUAAAACAACGAAUCAAGAGGUACGAAGCAAGAUUCAAUGCUGCGGAUGAAAAUAAUGAUGGCAAACUAAGCGUUGGGGAAUUUGUGGCGUUCCAACAUCUGGAUCUUUUCCCUCGAAUGCAUGACGUAUUUGUGGAAGAAAUAGUGGAAACAAUGGAUAAGAACGAGGAUGGGAAGAUAUCUUAUGAAGAAUUUAUUGGGGACAAAAAGUCUGAUGAAAAUGCCAAGAGAGAAUUUAACAGCAGAGAUUUGGAUAAAAGUGGAGUGUUGGAAAAGAAUGAAAUCAAGGAAUGGUAUUUUCCAUCACGGUACAAUAUUCACGAGAAUGAAGCUGAUCAUCUGAUACAAAAGGCUGAUUCAAAUAAAGAUAAAGUUUUAACGAAAGAGGAGAUAUUAGAAAAUUUUGAAAUCUUCGUAGGCAGUAGAGUUACACAUUGGGGCAAAACGCUGAAGAGACACGUGGACGAGUUGUAAGAAUCAAGGCCGUGCUUAGAAUUAUUGUGACUGAUGACCAAGUUUUCUAAAGAUCCCAUAAACUGAAUGCAAACUAGAAGACCUUACUCCGCUUUGCAAAAUAAUAUAGCUUAUAGCUUGCUAUGUAUGCUUCGCUUUAUAACAAUACGGAUAAAUAAAGCUUAAGAUCUUUGAAGUUA